AUGGAUGAAAGUUAUUCAAAUAGAUCCCAUGGACCUUCAAAAACAACUUCACAAGACAUCGUUUUUGCCACGUUAUACUCGUUCAUGGUGUUUUUCGGCGUAGUAGGAAAUGGCGUGGUGAUCGCUAUCGUUCGCAAAACGCCUUCGAUGCGCACGACAACAAAUUAUCUUCUGCUAAAUUUAGCUGUGGCCGAUCUAUUAACAUUACUUCUUUGUCCUGGUAUCUAUGACUUUGCUUUAAACUCUUUGAGGAUAAACUCCACACUGGGUGACAUCGUCUGCAAACUUUUUACUGGAAAUGCCGUCGUUUGCAUCACAUUCGACGCGUCCGUGUUGACUCUAUGCGUUAUUGCCGUGGAGCGAUAUGUAGCAAUUGUCAAACCUUUUAAAAGUAGCAGUUGGAACAUUUCGUCUAAGAACACGAAGUUGGUCAUAGUCGGGAUUUGGAUACUGUCAUUCAUCUUGAGUUUCCCCGACAGUUUGUGGACAAUGUACAAGAAGGAUCCCAGCUCGAGGUAUCCAUGCACUCGUCCAUGGACACUGGAACACGAGUCGACUGUUAAGGCCUACAUUAUUGCUCACUGUCUCGUCAUGAUCGUAUUUCCCUCCAUUUUGAUUUCAUUUUGCUAUCUCUCGAUUCUUAAAGUGCUCAAGUGGGAUUUGUCAGACCCAGCGAUAGACGAAGCUGAAAAGAGCAGUAUGAAAAGACUUUUAAAGCUUCUUGUCUCUUUAGCAGCGGCUUUUUGCGCGCUCUGUUUGCCGUUUGCGUGCUUCUUUAUGUAUGUUACUGCGAUCACAGACGUUCAAAUUAAGCAAGAUUUCGUACAAUUGUUUCUCGCUCAUAGAAUUGUCCGGUUAUUAAUAUUUUUUAAUUCUUUCAUAAAUCCGCUGUUGUACGCUGCACAGAGCGCAAACUAUAGAAAGGCAAUGGAUGGAAUUUGCUGCUGCACUGAAGACGUUGACUCUGGGCGCCAAGCCAUGAAACUGAUAAACAUAACUUCACCCGCUGGAGUUGGUGAGAAAGUCUCAGUGUAA